GAAGCGCGGCGUCGUCUUGUGCUCGCGCGGCCCGUUUGUUACAUCGGAGGCAGAGAGAGAGAGCGAGAGCGAGAAAGAGAGAGGGAGGGAGGAGAGCGAGUGCGCAAGUAAGCCACAUCAUCGGCAGAGCAGUAGCACCAGCGGCGGCCGUGGCGUCAGUGCAUCUGUGAGCCUUCGAAUCGCCUGUCUCAUUCGAGCUGCCACAUUCUCCCGUUACGUUUCCGAUUGAGAUCUUCCAAGCCCCCGAAGUCUCAAGACAUCUUCGGCGUCGCCCCCCACCCCCAAAUACUUUUGGAGCUCGACGCUAUUCUUAGAUCAGCAGUAGGACACUGUUCUUCCGGUCCUCUUUGUAUUUACUCCAGUUUAUUGAAUAUUUAAUGGAAAAUGGCGAUCUGCGCUCAGUCCUACGGUAUCUUGUGUGUCUUCUCGAUCCAAACUAUACUCCUCAUAUGCGUCUCUACACCGACCGCGGGGAGCCACCUCUUCCCCCAGCAUUACACGAUGAUGCACUGGGCUGGGCGUAUUGAGAAGGAGCUGGAAAAGGUUCUCCAGCAUGUCACCGGCAUACAGCAGAUGAGAUCGAUUUACAACGAGAAGAAGAGCCAGUUUGAGAUCAAGAGGAACAACCCCAAGGACCUGGUGGAGAGGGUGGCCAGGGACAUCUCCAAGCUGCUCAACAGCAAGAGGAAGGCCCUGGAGAAACUCGCCCGGGAGGCAGAACUGCUUCAGAAGGAACACGAGUGGCAGGACGGAGUGAAGGAGAGUGACAUUUCAUACUACGAUUCCAAAGCGGAUUCGGACUAUACCGAGGACGGCGAGGAGGAGAACCUGUUGGAGAAUCCGUUCUCCUUGGAGCUAGAGUUUGUGGACGACCCCAACUUCAAGAACAAGGUCAACUACUCUUCCAGCGCUGUGCAGAUCCCAACCGACAUCUACAAGGGCUCUCCCACCAUCCUGAACGAGCUGAACUGGACCCAGUCCCUGGAGAGGCUCUUCAUCGAUAACCGACGCGAGGACAGCUCCCUGCGCUGGCAGGUGUUUGGCAGCGCCACCGGAGUGACCAGAUACUACCCAGCCACUCCGUGGAAGGCGCCGAAUAAGAUUGACCUUUAUGACGUCCGCCGGAGACCAUGGUACAUCCAAGGAGCUUCGUCUCCAAAGGACAUGGUGAUCAUAGUCGAUGUGAGUGGCAGUGUGAGCGGCCUCACUCUGAAGCUGAUGAAGGCGUCUGUGAUGGAGAUGCUGGAGACUCUGACUGACGACGACUACGUGAACGUGGCCAGCUUCAGCGAAAAGGCAGAGGCCCUGGUUCCCUGCUUCAAGAACCUGGUCCAAGCCAACAUCCGCAACAAAAAGAUCUUCAAGGAGGCGGUCUUUCACAUGCAGGCCAAAGGAACCACGGACUACAAGUCUGGCUUCACCUUCGCCUUCGAGCAGCUCCUCAACGAGACCACCGCCCCCAGGGCCUUCUGCAACAAGAUGAUCAUGAUGUUCACCGACGGAGGGGAGGACCGCGCCCAAGACAUCUUUGAGAAGUACAACUGGCCCAACAAAACGGUGCGUGUGUUUACCUUCUCUGUUGGACAGCACAACUAUGACGUCACCCCUUUGCAGUGGAUCGCUUGUGCAAACAAAGGCUACUACUUUGAAAUUCCUUCCAUCGGCGCCAUUCGAAUCAACACCCAGGAGUACCUGGACGUUCUGGGUCGACCCAUGGUUCUGGCCGGUACCCGAGCCAAGCAGGUGCAGUGGACCAACGUGUACCAGGACGCUCUGGGCUUGGGUCUGGUCAUCACCGGGACCAUGCCGGUCUUCAACCUCACUGCUGACGUGUCUAGCUCACAGAACCAGCUCAUCCUGGGAGUGAUGGGCGUGGACAUCGCCAUCAACGAGAUCAAGAGGAAGACGCCGACAUACAGGCUCGGAGCUAACGGCUACACCUACGCUAUCGACCCCAACGGCUACGUCCUGCUGCAUCCGAACCUGCAGCCCAAGAUCUUUAACUUCAGAAAACCCGUCACUCUAGACUUCCUGGAUGCCGAGCUGGAAGACAGCAACAAAGAGGAGAUCCGACGGCAGAUGAUUGAUGGCAAACCAGGGCAACGGAAAAUCAAGACACUCAUUAAGUCGGUUGAUGAGCGGUACAUCGAUGAGGCCUGGCGGACGUACACGUGGACUCCUGUGAACGGCACGAAUUAUAGUCUAGGGCUGGUGUUGCCCACAUACAGCGAGAACCAUAUCAAGGCCAACCUCAGCGACCAGAUCCAGCAAGUUCGCUUGCGCUACUCCAAGGAUUUUGAAUCACUGCUGCCAAACAGUUUUGAGUCCGAGGGACAUGUGUUCAUAGCUCCCAGGGAAUACUGCAACGAGCUGGAGCUGGCCAGCAACAACACCGAGUUCCUGUUCAACUUCAUCGCUCUCAUGGAGAAGGUGACGCCAGACUCCAAACAAUGUGACAAUCUGCUGCUUCAUAACCUGAUCCUUGACACUGGCAUCAUUGGACAGCUGGUGGACAAAGUGUGGAAGAACAAAGACUUGAACACGUACGGCUUCUUGGCAGUGUUUGCGGCGACUGACGGAGGCAUCACCAGAGUGUUUCCCAACAAAGCGGCCGAGUCGUGGGAGGAAGACCCCGAGCCCUUCAACGCCAGCUACUACCGCCGCAGCCUGGACAACAAGGGCUACAUCUUCAGAGCGCCUUAUCGAACAGUGAGAGACGACCUCCUCAACCCGGAGAACGACACCAUAGGGGUGCUGGUGAGCACGGCGGUGGAGAUCAGUGUGGGCGGGAAGACCAUCAAACCUGCAGUGGUCGGAGUGAAGCUGGACCUCGAGGCGUGGACAGACAAGUUUAAGAUUCUGGCUAGCAACCACACGGACCGCCAGGGCUCCAACGCGUGCGGACCCCACAGCGCCUGUGAAAUGGACUGCGAGGCCAACAGCGAAGACCUCCUCUGUUACCUCCUAGACGACGGUGGGUUCCUCAUCAUGUCCAAUCAGAAGGAGGACUGGAACAAGGUGGGCAUGUUCUUCAGCGAGGUGGAGCCCUACCUGAUGUACGCGCUCUACAACAGCUCCUUCUACAACCGCAAGCAGUCCUACGACUACCAGUCGGUGUGCGAGCCCAUCCCCACCAGCAGCCACGGGGCAGCACCCAGGGGUGCCUUUGUGCCCACCAUCGCAGACUUUCUGAACAUGGCCUGGUGGACGUCUGCAGCGACGUGGUCCUUGUUCCAGCAGGUCAUCGCUGGCAUGGCGUACCAGAGUUGGUUCAUCACAGACGAGGUGCUGGCAGAGGGAAUGGAUUCCAGAGAGAGGGGCUGUGUAAUGAUCCAGACACAGUACUACUUCACCAACCUGAACAGCACAUUCAACAUGCUGCAAGACUGUGGCAACUGUUCAAGGCUGAUCCACGCCAAGAAGAUCAACAACACCAACCUGCUGUUUGUGGUGGCGGAGAAGAUGCCCUGCAACGGCUGUGAGAUUGACAAGCUGUCCCAGGAGGAGGAGGAGUACAAGGACCUUAAUCCGUGUGAUGAGGUGGCUCGCUACAGGAAAGGCCCGUCCAUGUGCUUCGACAACAACCAAUCUGAGAACACAUCGGACUGUGGGCGGGGCCACUCGUUCGGCCCCUCCCUCGUCACCCUCCUGGCCAUUCAGCUGCUGCUACUCUCCCAGCUGGCCUGCCCCAGCGCUCUCCUUGCUCUUCUCUAACUCCACCCCCCCCCCCCCCCACCUCAGAACCCCGCCCUUGCU